UUUCUUUCUACUUAUAUAUAUGGCCCAACCACCACCAUUGUUUCACAUCAUAUCUUUCUCCAGUUUUUAAUUCCAACAUUUCUCAUUCUUUGAUCAAUGGCUGAAGUUUUGCUACCGAGGAAGAUGGAGAUUCCCAACGAUCCUUCAAAGUUUGGAUCACCGGAUCUUCUUCAUGUUCUCGCCGUCGACGACAGUCACGUUGAUCGGAAAUUCAUUGAGCGUUUGCUCAGAGUCUCUUCUUGUAAAGUUACUGUUGUUGACAGUGCAACAAGAGCUCUCCAAUAUCUUGGUUUGGGUGUUGAGGAAAAAUCCGUUGGUUUUGAGGAUUUGAAGGUUAACUUAAUUAUGACGGAUUACUCAAUGCCCGGUAUGACUGGAUAUGAACUAUUGAAGAAGAUCAAAGAAUCCUCAGCUUUUAGACAAGUACCGGUGGUGAUUAUGUCCUCCGAGAACAUUUUGCCUCGUAUUGAUAGAUGUCUUGAAGAAGGAGCUGAAGAUUUCUUACUGAAGCCAGUAAAACUCUCGGAUGUAGAAAGAUUAAGAGAUUCUCUAAUGAAAGUUGAAGAUUUAUCUUUCACAAAGAGUACUCAGAAGAGAGAGCUAGAAACAGAGAACGCCUACCCUGUUCACUCACAGCUCAAACGCGCGAAGAUCUGAGCUCUCCGAUGCAAAUUCCAUGACUGGAUCUUAGAAAAAGCUUUUUAUAUACAGAGAAGCUUCAAGACUUCAUGCACUUGAGCCUAACACUGAUGAUUCUCUCAAAGUUUAAUGACCUAUACAAUUUUCCAGCCCCUACGGCUUUUUUUGCUGAUUGAAUUCAGCGGAUUUAUUCAUAUAGUAGUAAUGUAAAUGGCAUAGAGAUGAGCAAAGCUAUAUUAUAUAAUAUUCAUCAGAGAGAUCAUAGUUUUUUUCCUUACAAGAGAUUUGUAAGCUGGUUCAAUGGAAGCUGCUAAUAAGAAGCCUCACUUUAUGUAUGAAUAA